UUUCUCUCUCAGCUACUGCAGCAAAUUGCAAACUGGUCGAUAGAAACGUAUCUCUCUCUCUCUCUCUCUCCCUCUAUCUAUGUUUUGGUUGACAAAGAGAAUAGGUGAGCAAGAAAAUUCCUUUCUCAGUAGCUACUUGUUCGGUUUCUUUAAUACUUAUAAUUUCAUCCAGCAAGAAAACACUAUAAAAAAUAUAUCUGUAUCCUCACAACUUUUUAAUAUGUUUCUUCCUCAACUUUUGAAUUUCCAUUGAAAAAGUUCUUACCAUUCUGUUCUCUAGUCUGUUAUACAGAAAGGGUUUAGCUUAUUCUAUCCAAAAAUCAUGGGGAUUUGCUUGAGUUCUCAGAUUAAAGCUGAGAGUCCAAGUAACACAGGUACUUGCAGCCUCAAGCUUUCAUUUACAAUAUAAUAGAAUAACAACUACUCAUGCAAAUGCUUGACUUGUAAACAAAUAUUUAAUUCAGAAUUUUGCUGCCAAUUUUCAAUACUAAGGUUAGGUUUUUAGUGGUUGAGGUGUAAGGUGACUUAACUUAAAAGUUAGGCUUAGUGUUUUGACAAAAUAGUCUUUUUAAAAGCUAACUAGAUCCUGAGCGCGGGUAUGAAUUUUCAGUUUUUAAUUAUUUAUUUUAUUAAAUGAUGUAUUUGUAAAAUUCAUUCAUAUUAUAUUUAUUAAGUAAAUAUUUUUUUUUUGCAUCUUAAACUAUCUAUUUUUUUACGAAUGUGUGAUAUCAUAUAAAAAAAUAUAAAAAAAUGAGUAUACAUAGUUAAUUAGAUAAUUAUAAAAACAUAAAUUUUUCUUCCGUUUGCGAUAUCAUAUAAAUAAUGAUCCGCCCAGUUAACAAAAAUCAUGAUUUUUUUUAUGUGUAAUUUUUUUUUGACCAUUUCCUUAAGACUAUAUUAAAUUUUACAUAUUUUAAUUAGAAUAUUUUUAAUAUCUUUACCUUUUUAUUUGAAAUGCAAUUCAAUAUUUUUAGAAUUUGUUUGAAAAAUAUGAAAAUUACAUUUUAAAUUAAAAUUAUCCUAAAAUAUGAUAAGUUUUGAUGUAAACGAAAACUCAAAUUAUGUCAAAAAUAAUGAUAUUCAAUGAUAAUAACAAUUUUAAUAGAUUAUUUUGUUUUUAAAAUACAUUUACAAAAAUAUUGUUUGAAAGAAAAUUCAUUUAUCUUUCAAAUAUAAAAUGAAAAUAUUAUAAUUAAAUAAUAAAAAUAUAAAUAAAAACCUUAAAUUUAGCAAAUGACAAUUGAGUUAUAUUAUGCUAAAAUUUUCUUUCUAACAAUUUAUCAAAUGACAAAUGAGUUAUGAGCAAAUAAUACCAUAUAAUUUUUAAAAACAUAGCCAUUCUUAAAUAUUUUUUGAGUAAAUAAUUAUUUUUAAAUUUAAUCAACUGAAAAUAAUAUCCGUACAACUGUGUGAGUCAAAUUCUAGUUUUAUUGAUGCAUGUUAUAUAUUAGUGCUGCAUGUUUUAGGUAAAAUUUUAAUGAUGCACGUUUUUAAAAAUCUCCAUUAUUAAAAUUAUGCAUGUAAGGAUAACUCAUGAGUUUUUUUGGUUGAUUAAAUGACAUUAUGUCCAAAUUUAUUUACGGAUAUUUCAUUAAGGUAACUGAAAAAGACAAACAAUAAAAUAGGAAGUUUAAAUUCAUUUAAGCAUAUUUCAUUAAUGUAACUGAAAAGACAAGUAAUAAAUUAGGCAGUUUUAUUCGUUUUAGGAUAUUUCAUAAAUGCAACUGAAAAAGACAAGCAAAAAAAAAAGGAAAUUUAAUUAACGAAGUAACAACAUUUUCAAAUGGGUAUUUCUAUUUUAAUAAUAUAGAUAAUUUGAUUAAUUCCUCCUUAAACUAUGUCGUUUUGGAUAUUUGGUUAAUUCAUGGCUCAUCAUAGUUGGUAGUCAGAGGAAAAGACAAGAGCACAAACAUUCAGAUUUUUGUACUUUUGUCUGAUCUCUUACAACAAAAGCACUGAUUUUUAUUUUCUUUUCAAAAAUGGGUUUUGUAAAAAAUGUUAAAUCUAAAGUUUUUCUAUAUACAAACUAUCUGUUUGGUGCUUGCAUAGGUGUGAGUUCGAAGUACAUGAGCUCAGAGGCAAAUGAUUCACAGAGCAUGGGAAGCAAAUGCUCUUCUUCGUCAAUCAGAACAAACCCUCGGACCGAAGGAGAGAUCUUGCAAUCUCCAAACCUCAAAAGUUUCAGUUUGGAUGAGCUCAAGUCAGCAACUAGGAAUUUCAGACAAGACAGUGUUCUUGGCGAAGGUGGAUUCGGUUGCGUCUUUAAAGGAUGGAUUGAUGAGCAGUCUCUGACAGCAUCUAAACCGGGAACCGGUAUGGUUAUUGCUGUCAAAAGGCUUAACCAAGAUGGUUGGCAAGGUCAUCAAGAAUGGCUUGCUGAAGUGAAUUACUUGGGGCAGUUCUCUCAUCCUAAUCUUGUGAAACUUAUUGGUUACUGCUUAGAGGAUGAGCAUCGUCUUCUAGUGUAUGAGUUCAUGCCUCGUGGAAGCUUAGAGAAUCAUUUAUUCAGAAGAGGUUCUUACUUCCAACCGUUAUCUUGGACACUACGGUUGAAAGUUGCUCUUGGUGCUGCACAAGGCCUAGCCUUUCUCCACAAUGCGGAGACUCAAGUCAUAUACCGUGACUUCAAAACUUCUAAUAUACUUAUUGAUGCGGACUACAAUGCCAAGCUUUCUGAUUUUGGAUUGGCUAAAGACGGUCCAACAGGUGAUAAAAGCCAUGUCUCUACAAGGAUCAUGGGUACUUACGGAUACGCAGCUCCUGAGUACCUUGUGACCGGUCAUUUAACAACCAAGAGUGAUGUCUAUAGCUACGGUGUUGUGCUUUUGGAGAUAUUGUCUGGACUUAGAGUUGUGGACAAGAACCGUCCACCGGGAGAGCAGAAACUGGUGGAUUGGGCAAAGCCUUUGCUUGCAAACAAGAGGAAGCUAUUCAAAGUUAUCGAUAACCGUCUCCACGAUCAGUACUCAAUGGAAGAAGUAUGUAAAGUAGCUACUCUAGCGCUGAGAUGCCUCACAACAGAGAUAAAGAUGAGGCCAAACAUGAACGAGGUUGUUGCUCACCUCCAACACAUCCAAGCUUUGCAUGAAGCAGGAGGAGGCAAAAACAUUGAUAAGGUGGAGAAGAGAAUGCGUAGGAGAAGCGAUAGUGUUGUCCUCCUCAGCCAGAAACCAAAUGAAGGUUUUGCUCGGCAAACCGCUGUCGGUGGCAUAGCAGCUGCUUAUCCACGUCCCUCUGCUUCACUUCUGUUUGCUUGAGGAAGAGACAAUGAUGUUAUGUUCUGUUUAGUUCAGAAGAUGUACAGUUUUACUUCUGCUUAUGUACUGAGAGGAUUGUUGUAGUGCGAGAAGUGACCAACAUAAGAGUAUAAAUGAUCUAUCAUGUCUUUCAAAUUCAAGCUUUGUUAUAAGCAAGACUUGGCAUGGAUGUUUUUACCCUA